AUGGCAGUCCGCCAGGACUCUGACAACCUUGCCUGGGACCGAAGUGAUGAGCUCUGGGAGGAGAAGCGGAACCAAAUCCAGAACCCGUGUUUCUUUGUUCCACCUAUACUGGUCGGUGGCUUCAAUGUGCUAUACCCUUUCCGCGUCGAGAGCUCUUCUGCUGCGUUCCCCGUCCUUGCUCGGCUGCCUUGCCGCACCGAAGCGCUCUUCCACGAAGAGAAAAUACUUGCAGAAGCUGCGACCGUGGCAUAUGUUGGCCAGCAUACCCAACUCCCGGUUCCAGAUAUGCAUCACUACGGCAUUGACCCCGACGUCGGGCCCUACAUGAUUAUUCAGGACCUUGGCACCCGACGGGACAUGUCUGAUUGUCUCCAAAUGCCGGGCCAAGACCCUGACGAGUCGCCCAUCUUGGACCCCAACAUAUCCGACAGUACCCUCAGGAGCAUACACAGUCAAAUGGCAUGGUGUCUAUUACAACUCGCUCAGCCAACUUUUCCUCGCAUCGGGUCCCUUGCCAAUACAAGCUCAGGAGUCAGUGUAAUGGGACGACCAAUCAGCCUCAAUAUGAGCAACAUGGUUCAACUUUCCAAUAUCCCCCAAUCGGUUUUCCCAGCAAAGGCCACCACAUACGAAACUGCGGAUGACUGGUAUAAGGCAUUAGCUGAUAUGCAAAUGGCAACAUUGCUUUUCCAGCAUAAUGAUAUUGUUUCAUCAGAGGAUGACUGCAGAACAAAGUAUGUGGCCCGGCAACUAUUUCGCAGACUGGCAAAACAAGGUCGCCUAUCGACGUUUGGGUUUUCCGGCUCCAAGACUGCUGGUGCGACGUUGCCGGCGCCUGAUGGCUCGAGCUCGUUCCGACUCUGGCCUGAUGACUUUAGACCGGCCAAUGUUCUUGUUCAUGACGAGCGGAUUGCUGGAAUUAUCGACUGGGAGUUCACCUAUGCGGGACCAACACAGUUUGUUCUGGACCCCCCUUGGUGGCUCCUUAUUGAAGUGCCCGAGAUGUGGGAGAAUGGUAUUGACGACUGGGCAAGCGUCUAUGAAAGACGGCUAGAAACUUGGCUUCUAGAGAUGGAAAGAGCCGAGAAAGAUAUGAGACCUGGCUCUCUACUACUCUCUGCAUACAUGCGGGAGAGCUGGAAAACAGGCCGGUUCUGGCUGAACUACGCUGCCAGGAAGAGCUGGGCAUUUGACACUGUGUACUGGAAAUAUCUGGAUGAAAAGUUCUUUGGCAAGCGGGAGUGUGAUGGACCUCCAGAGAAACUGUGGAAGUCGAGAGUACAUCUCUUAAAUGCACAGGAACAGAGAGCGAUGGAGCCGCUGGUACAAAUCAAGAUGGAGGAAUCGAAGAAACGGGUCCUGGUAGACUGGGGGGCUGCAGAGGCAAGGCAGCACCUGUCAUCCUUUCUGUUCGAUUAA